AGCAAAUCGAUGUUUUCGAUUUCGAGUCAAAAUAAUAGUAAUCAAGUGCGGUAUAGUGUCAUGAAUAAAUUCGGAAAAAUAUGUGAUAAGAUACUUUUUUAGUGAUUCGUAAUUGCGUGGAUACUCGAAUGCUGUUUUUCGGUGACUCAAUGUCUAGAGGUUUUAACGAUUUUAACCGAUCAUAUCUCAAUAAUGUGCCAUUUUAAAACAGCGAAAGAAGAAUCAUACGGCCACGAAAACAGGUGAAUAUAUCCAAGAUGUUGAGGAAGCAGCCACAGUUUUUAGACCUGACAUCUCUGAGCGCCGAUGCAGUACCACUGGGUUUUAUUAUAUCCGAAGAUGGACGAUCGGUACUGGCAGUCACAGGUCGAAAAGGGCACGAGGAAGGAGUUUUGGAAUUGGCAACGACUCCAGUUGCUUAUAUCCAACCGACUAACACGUUGACAUCGCCGACAAUAAGAUUGAACACCGGACUUCCUCCCACGGAUUCGCCAAUAUUGCGAAUUAGUGUGGACAAUGUUGUUCCGACUGGUACACAACAAUCUGCCUCUGAACCGGAACCUUGCAUGCUUGCUACAGAGAUCAAUGAUUCGCAGAAUGAAAAGGAAAUUUCUGUCGAGACGAAUGAUAAUGGUGCAUUGCCAGAAGUUACGGAAAUCUCAAGGCUCGAGAUGAACGCUGAUAAUCUUGGCGAUAAGUCGGGUGAAACUACUGAAAUUUUUAAGUCUCCGACAAAACGGACUCCAGGAAGACCGCGAAAAGACGCAGUCUCAGCAAUUUCAAACGCUGCAAAUAAAAUGCGUUGUGACAUUUGUGGCCAAGAAUUCACGCGUCAAACGCUGUAUCGUCGGCACAUGGAAAAUCAUGCUGCUGAAAAACCUCAUAGAUGUCCCAAAUGUUCUGCUUCGUUCAACGUACCCACGAAUUUCACGCUUCACAUGGCGACGCAUAACACCGGCGAGCCAAAAUGUCCUGAAUGCGGUAGAAAGUUUGCGCGCAUGGCUAGUCUCAAAUCCCACAUGAUACUUCAUCAAAAAGAGGAAAGUCUCUUUUGCACCGAGUGCGAAGAUGCUUUUUCAACGAAAGCUCAACUGGACGCUCAUUUGAAACUCCAUAAUGAAAAAUGGUCGAGCGAAGAUGUUCGAAAGUGCAAACUGUGUCACAAGCAAUUUACUCAACCGGCUCUCUAUCGGUUGCAUAUCAGAGAGCAUUAUAGAACAAAAAUCGUUAAGAAGACGAAAAAAGGGAUGAGCCACAAAACAAUGUACAAGUGUAAAAUAUGUUCAAAGUCAUUCAAAAAACCGAGUCAAUUGAUGAGGCAUAUCCGAGUGCAUACAGGAGAAAAACCCUUCAAGUGCAAUAUUUGCACUCGCGCAUUUACACAAAAGGGUUCUCUCCAAAUUCACACGUGGAAACACAUCGGAGUGCGUCCGUAUCGCUGUGAAUAUUGCAAUGCGAAAUUCACUCAAAAAGGUAAUUUGAACGCUCACAUAUUGAGGGUUCACAACGCCCGAGAGGGUGAUCCUAUUUAUAGUUGUACUCUGUGUACCUGUGUGUUCAAGAAAUUGGGAAGUUUGAAUGGUCACAUGAAGAGAAUGCAUUCAAAUCCUACGGAGGAACAAAUGCAAAAAUGCGACAGUUCAACGGAGGCAGAUAUGCAAGCGACCGUAGACAGUGUGAUGUCGCAACUCGCAUCCCUCGAUGCGGAUGUGAAGAAUCAAGCGGAUUCGACAAACUCGACGAAUAAACAGAGCGACAUUCUCCAGCAGGCCCUGAAAAAAAGUGGCUUUGAAAGUAAGAAAAAAGUGCCUGAGGAUACGAGUAAAAAAGUCGAGCCUCAAACGUCAUUCGUCACGUUGUUGGAUCGAGCUCAAGAUGGCUCGUUGAGGAGAUACUUGACGAUAAAGCAACGAUGCAUUGGAAGUAUAAGAUGGUACUCUUGCAACUUUUGCCAUAAAGAGUUCAAAAAACCAUCGGAUCUCAUAAGACACCUGCGAGUUCACACUCAAGAAAAACCGUUCAAGUGUUCAUCGUGUUGUCGUUCAUUCGCAUUGAAAUCAACUCUGCGAGCUCAUGAACGAAGGCACGCGGGAACGAAGCAAUACUCUUGUAGCACGUGUGACAAAACAUUCGCCUGUCACAGCAGCCUGACGUCUCACAUACGUUCGCACGUAAAGCCACACAAAUGUGAUCUCUGCGGGAAAUCCUUCAGCACUAGUUCUGUUUUGAAAAGUCAUAUGAAUACUCAUACAACGACUAAACCGAAAAUAUCACCGGAAGCGGAGAGUCUCGUAACUCAGAUUGUUCUCGAAGAGCCACUUCUGAUAAGCGAUGCUGGCAAUAAAAUAAGCGUCGCUCAUGUCAAACCAAAGCAGAGACAAGUUUAUGACAGUAGCGAUGAGGCCAGACCUCACAAGUGUUGGGUUUGUCCAGCUGCUUUUCGAAAAAUUAGCCAUCUCAAGCAACACUAUCUUAGACAUACUGGAGAAAGACCGUACAAAUGUCCGAAAUGCGAAAGGAGAUUCACAUCGAACAGCGUGCUGAAAUCCCAUUUACAUACUCACGACGAAUCAAGACCAUAUAGUUGUUCCGUCUGUAGUGCAAAAUUUUCUACUCAAAGUAGCAUGAAGAGGCAUUUGGUAACGCACAGCAAUGUCAGGCCUUUCAUGUGCCCUUAUUGUCACAAGACUUUCAAGACAUCGGUAAAUUGUCGUAAACACAUGAAGAUUCACAAAACCGAGCUUGCCGAACAGCAAUUGGCGCAGCAAAGAACUCAGCAAGAGCCCAAACUUUUGUCGAUAAAGGAAAAACCAUCGGAGCCAGCAGUGUCGGAAAAUUUGACACUUCACGAGGACGUUGCAGUAACUUUUCCGUCCCAAAUUGCUCCAGACUUUUCGCAAGCGUUCAACGACCAUUUCCAGCCGAUAUCGUUGCUCAAGGAAAAAUCGUAUCUCGUUCAUCAUGAAUUGACUCAAACAAUGGAUAAUCAUAAUUUAGCUGCGGUAGAUACCGAUAACUUAGGAACAUCCCAGACCUUGCAUGCCGAUGAAACAGGCACUAUUACACUACCUAACUAUUCCGGUGAUCAAACACUCACGGCAGAAAGCAUACGAGAAAUAGAAGAAACUUUGAAUCAGCAAUUGUUCAAUAUUGGUAUGAGUGAUCCGAGUAACGUGACUUUGAGCUCGAGAGAUCAGCAGACCAUCAAUAAUAUUUACGACAAUGCCAAAACGUUGGAUUCUGUCAAUAAUGUUAGCAUGCCGUCGAAUAUAUUUCCGUCGCACUUUGAUACUUUCGACAUGAGCCAAAUCACGCUUCAGGCUGAUACGGAAAUCGACAUCGGUAUAAGUUCAGCAAAUUCAACAAGUAUGGCGAGCAUACUGCCACGUUCGGCGCAAGAAGAACAACGUCUUAUACCAGUAACGACUUGCAGCAGCGGAGAAGAUUCACCAAAUAAAUUAUCACGUCAUCUGAUGGUUGCGAGUUCGAUGCAAACGUGUCCUGAACUCUCGAGGCCGGUCCAAGCGUGCCCAAAAUAUCCAAAAGUUAUCGCGAAAGCUGACACGACCGAUGAUACUGACGUUUUAAAUGUCGAUAACGAAACGAACCAACCAAAGCUUAACAAUAUGCCAGAGUCGUCGAUUGCAAAGCUCGACGAUGUUCAACACAAAGUCCAUUUGCAAAACGAACCAAUGGAGCAACUCGUCGACGUAAAUGGAACAACUACGCUUAUUCUCGAAUCGAAAUCCUUGUUGGAGUGUCAUAUGUGUAAUAAGAAAGGUUUUACCACGGAAAAAUUGAAGAGUCAUCUAAUAGCUCAUCGUGGAACAAAAGAAUUUCAGUGCAGCCAGUGUCCAUUGAAAUUUUGCACGAACAGCGGAUUGAGCCAACACAUGAGAAAACACGCUCUAAAUGGGAAAUGUUCAAUAUGUAUGGAAAUAUUACCAAAUGAGGAAGAAUUGAAGUUGCAUGCCCAGAUGCACGAGGACAUUGAGUGGACAGGAGUAUCGAUAGAGCCGGAUAGUUCGCAAAAGGAGCCGAGUAAAAACUUGACGAAGACCGAUAGGAGGAUGACGAAUUGUGAGGAAAAUCAUCAAGUACCGAAAGAGAAAAAGGAAUAUUCGAACAAGUGUAAAUAUUGUCCAAAAACUUUUCGUAAACCAAGCGAUUUAAUAAGGCACGUGAGGACGCACACCGGCGAACGUCCGUACAAGUGUAAAUUUUGUGAAAAGAGUUUUGCGGUCAAGUGCACUUUGGACUCUCACACAAAAGUGCAUACGGGUAAAAAAACAUUUUGUUGUCACGUGUGCAACAGUCUUUUCGCGACGAAGGGGAGUUUGAAGGUUCACAUGCGUUUGCACACGGGCUCGAAGCCAUUCAGAUGUCCGAUGUGCGAUCUUCGUUUCCGAACUUCGGGACACCGAAAAGUGCAUGAAUUGACGCACACUCGGGAUCCGAAUAUGGUCACAAAACGCAAGUCCAAACAAAUGAAAGUAAGCGCGAUAGCCGAGGUAGUGGCGGAGGUUGAAAAGACCGUGGUUAAAUCAGCGAAUCUUUCGACAACCAAUGAGCAUACGAAUGAAACAAAUUAUCCAAAUCUCGACACUAUCGCGAUAGGAGCUAGUGGCUUGACCAAUCACAUUACUUUCAAUCCUGACGGAACUAUUUUGACCAACGAUUCCAUGCUCUCGAUAAACGAAAGCAAUCAAUUGGUAGCCAACUUACAUUUCCUUCUAGCGAACGGCCUCGUUACCAUUCAAACGGACGACGUUUUGCUGCCUCAAGCAACUUUGAACGCGAACGUCAAUGUCCCUCAGAACCACGUGAGUCCUGUAAAUAUUAUUUCGCCGACAAGCGUCCUUCCUCCAGGCCAAUCGCGACAACAACAAAUCACGUAUAAUAAUACUCUUGAGAACGUCGUCGUAGCCACGCACCUACCGACUACUUUUGCUACUAAUCAUUUCGAUCAACAAGUUAGAUCGAUUAAUUUGAACGACUGUGAUACCAUGGUCGCGACGGAACUUCAUAACGGUCCAUCAGAUAAAAAAGUACAAUCACAACGACCUCAGCAAAACUCAAAACAAGGUAGUCCUGGAAAAACGAGCAAUUCGAAAAAAGAGUGCGACAUAUGUGGCAAAGUAUUCAUGAAGCCCUGCCAGGUCGAACGACACAAACGUAUCCACACCGGUGAACGACCCUACAAGUGUGAACUGUGCGACAAAUCUUUCGCACAAAAAGCUACUUUACAAAUGCAUCAAAAAGCUCACACUGGGGAUCGACCUCAUCCCUGCCCUCACUGCGAUUAUUCUUUUACCCAAAAGGGCAAUCUUCAAACACAUCUCAAAAGAGCACAUCAGCUUGAUACACUCGAAGUCAAAAAAAUUCGACGAGGACCGCAGCAGCAAUUGCUAAGUGCCAAAUUAAUUCAGAAUGAUUUGGACGAUAACAGAAUAUUGAGUUUCGACGAUAUCUCGAUCGUCGAGUAUCUCACGUGAUUAAAAACUAUUUCCCUCUAACAAAUAUAUACGAUGAUGAAAAAUAUUUUUGCCAAAAGCAACGAAGUGCUUGAAACAGGUGAUUCCAAUCUCAAUCUCGCUAUAGACGAAUAUUCUUUCGUCCAAACAUAUCUCCAUACUUUUAUGAUACUGAAGUUUGCAUUGGUGAAAAGCAAGAUUUUAUUUUCAUUCAUUUUUUUCAACAGUCCCUCCGGACACUCAGUUUCAGCUCUUUUAGCAAUCAUCAGACCAUACACACGUUGCGAACGAGAUUUGAACUCCGCAAAAUAAGAAUUUGCAUUCCAACGAUGCAAACUUCUUCAUAAACAUUUGAACGUGUACAUAAAACAUUUGAAUCUCACGCUAGUUAACAUUCAAUGAAGAGCUUUCGAUAUACUAAAUAUUACUCAAAGAUAAUUUUAGAUUUAAUAAAAGAAUAUUAUUAAUUUAAAAAAUGGAACAUGUGAUAUUAAAGAUUUCUACUUGCUGCAUAAAAAAAAAUGUUGCUUGUUAAUAUUUCAUUUGUGUUCAUUACAUUGUACGGCGUUGUGUACAGUUGUAUUCCUUCUUGUUUUCUUUUUUUCCAUUUUCAAUAAAUACAUUUCUUCUUGUUUUUUA